AUGUUCGGAAGUUUGACCAUUGCUGAUCUUUUGCACAACAUAGGCUGUGUACUUGCCUUAAGGCACGUCGAUGAUAUGUUCGGGAUAGAGGUGGACCCAGAAGAUAUACUUGCGGGCCUUAAAGGCAGCACGGACGAGGUGAAAGAUGAAGGCAGUUUGGCGGCAGAUUACCAGCGCCAAAAAGAUGCUUUGGAGCUUUUCAAUAUGGACAUAUUGACGUGUGAUAAUGUAGAUGUCAUUUUUCAGAAAUAUCGUCCAGGUACAUUUCUUCCUGCCCUAUGCCAUGUUUUCAUGGAUACCAAUGCGCCGCUUGAAGUGUUGGAAAGUGCUGCAAGAGCAAUAACCUAUUUCCUUGAUGUCCAUGUGGACAGCACGGCCAGAAAGGUCGUGGAGGUCAAUGGUGCAGUGAAAUCCUUCUGCAAAGCCUUGGUUCUUUUUCCUAUCAAAGAUUCAAAUGAUUUGGACAUGAUUCGAAUGUCGAGGGACGUUGCAGAGCAAUCUGUCAAGGUGUUGGAGCUGCUUUGCCGACGUGAAGCUAGGGCUGUAUUUGAAGCAGAUGGGCUACAAAGCUUGUUGAACUUUGUCAAUGCGAACGCAUCAACCUUGCACAAAGAUACGUUGCAAAGCUCUCUGUCAGUAGCUUCCAUGCUUUGCCGCCGUCUCAAGGCUGACCACCCGGCUUUUUCUUCGUGUGUUGCAUCGCUCACAGCUUUUCUUGACCACAAGGAUACCGUUGUUGUCGACCAUGCUAUCGAAUCAUUGAGCACUCUAGUGGACAUGCUUUCUCAUGCAAACGUUGAUUUAAAGAGACUCAACGAACACGGACUGGUCGACAAUCUGAUCAAGCUGAUGGCUACAAGAGAAGAGCUCGACCAUAGUGAACAAGAUAUCGCAUUUCCCAUAGGAAAAGUCGUACAUUUGCUGCUUUCAUUGUUGAGAGGUUCGAAGAGUCUCGCCGAAACCGUUCUGGAAGGGCCGAUUGUAAAUGCAAUUAGGGUGGUGCUUGCAGCUCGUGAAGAUGAAAAGACAAGCUUGUCUGUAUUAGGUCUUAUGGAUUUAAUUGUUACCUUUCUUUUCAAAGGGUACGAUGGCAUCCAGAAAUCACAUGGAUCACAAGAUGAUAGAACGGUUUAUGAUGAUAGUCAUUCUCGAGACUUGGGAGCAAUCGAUGCGAUUCGAAACAAUAAUUUGGAAUCCCUGAUUGAGGCAAUAGAGAACGGUACAGAUGUGAACUUUGCUGAUCCUUUUGGUCAAACGAUUCUUGUGUGGGUGGCAUACUCUGGAACCGAGGAUAUGGCAGAAUAUUUGAUUAGAAAUGGAGCAGAUCCAAACCUGGGAAGAAAUCCACCUUUGCAUUAUGCAGCAAGAUUUGGAAGGCCAAGAAUGGUCGAGCUUCUCCUAAAACAUGGAGCGGAGCCUCUCAAAGUUGAUCUUGAAGGGAAGACAGCAUUGGAUCAGGCUCGAAGCUCAUCAAAUAUACUCAAAGAAGGUCAACAUGAAGAGGUGAUAAGGAUUUUGGAAGCUGCCGAAUCGAAUGCAAAGCAAAAUCUCAUAUCUAAUCCAGGAAUGCUGGGGAAUGACGAGAGUGAAGAGGAAGACCCUUCGCUGAAUUUAUGUGAAUAUGGAGAAUAUGUUGUAGGUUUUCUUGUUCGUUUUCUACCUAUUCUUGUUCGGAGGUAUCAGAACACUAUGCAGAUGCCCAUGAUUCUGUUAUUGUAA